GACUGAUUCUGCACAAUAUAGGGAUAUAGGGGGCAAUCCAAGAUAAAUUAAGGUAAUCAGAUGUCAAUUUUGGACUUACCUGCUUCAGAUUUACUUUGAAUAAAAGGUCAGUUUUGCAAAAUUAUUUAUUUAAAUACUUCAAAAGGAGAAAAAAAAGCAUAAACAGUCUGGGUUGGCAAGCUGCAGUUUGUUAAAUUAAUUGAAGUGGAUGAAUUUGGGUCAGUCUGUUUGGAUAGGAUAAUAAUUAGCUUUAGAUAGGUUAGAUGUGGACAAUAAGAUUUGGAUGUUGGCCUGCUUUAAACCCCAUAUCUUGGUGGAGAAUGAAGACAAUCGGGAGCAGCAGCAGUUGCAGCAGCAUGAGUUUAUUCUGUGUCCUGUGGCUGAUGACAGUUUGUCUGGCCCCUGGAAGCCAAGGCCAGAAGCUGAGGGAGACGGACCCGAGGGAGCCGCAAGCAGUCAGUUAUCUGGCGGAGAGAGAUGGAGUCUGCCAUCAGGAGGGAUGCUAUGCUGUCUUCCUCCAGAAGAGAACCUUUAGGGAGGCUGGGCGGAGCUGCCGGGAGCGAGGUGGCACCUUGGCAACGAUGCAUAACCUCGAGGCAGCGGGUGUGGUCCAUAAGCUGCUGUCAGACAUCGAAGCACAGGGGACCCGAGUACGAUUUCGUCUCUGGAUUGGGCUGCACAGACCACCACGCCAGUGCUCAUCUACAAGACCACUUCGAGGAUUCGUCUGGGUCACAGGAGACCAGGAUGGCCAGUUCACCAACUGGCUCCGCGAGGACACCCCUGGGACUUGUGCAGCCCCUCGCUGUGUGGCCAUGACAGUCCACACCUCUGAGAGCACACGUGACAGCAGCGACAAUUUCCGAUGGCUUGAUGGCUCCUGUGGGCUGGCAUUGGAUGGAUACGUUUGCCAGUACAACUACAAAGGCAUGUGUCCACCACUGGAGGACGAGGGUAGAGGCCCAGCUGUUUACACCACCCCAUUUCACCUCGCCAGCUCCGUGCUGACUCAUGUACCCUAUGGAUCUGUAGCUGCUCUACCAUGUCCUGCAGGCAGCUCGGACCCAGAGGCUCCCAGCGAGCAGACAGUAUUGUGCAUGGAGAGAGACGAUGAGACAGUGGGCUGGUCCAGGGAUGCACCGCUCUGCACCACCAACGCAGCUCCACCAAAACAGGACUGGUGUAGUGGGGACCAUGGAUGUGAGCACUACUGCGAGAACACAGACACAGACUACUACUGCUACUGCUCUGAGGGCUUUAUUCUAGAUGAGGAUGGUUACAACUGCAAGCCUGACCCCGUGAGCCAAACUGAGCCCCCCGAAUUGUCUUCUGACUCUGCUGGUCCUACUGACCAGCCCCACAUUAAAGAUGUCUGUGUGGAGAUGGGGUGUGAGUACGACUGUGUGGAGACAGCUCGAGGGAUCCGCUGCACAUGCCCCCCAGGUUACCAAAUGGGUCCAGAUGGCCGCAGAUGUUCUGAUGUAGAUGAGUGUCUACAGCAACCUUGCCCACAAGUCUGUGUCAACACCCCAGGCACCUUUCACUGCACCUGUAACCACGGGUACCAGCCAGACGAUGAAGGGGAGUGUGUGGACAUCGAUGAGUGCCUCGAUGAGGGCAGCUGUGAAGGCACCUGUAAAAACACAGUGGGGUCUUUCAAAUGCUUGUGUAACCCCGGGUAUGAGUUGGGCAAUGAAGGAGAGUGUGUAGAUGUUGAUGAGUGUGUUGGGGAGUCGCCCUGUCAGCAGCAAUGCCUCAACUAUAUGGGAGGGUACCAGUGUUACUGUGACAAUGGAUAUGACCUGCAGUCAGAUGGACUUACCUGCCAGCCUUCACCUGAUGAUGAAGAAUAUUCCACUCUGACCCCUGACCCCAGUGACUCUGCUCACAUACCUGGCUUGGACCCUAACCAUGACAUUCCCUGGUCCACCUCAUUCACCCCUGACCCAAGUUUUGAAGCUGACACUAACUUUGAUGCUGACUGGCUGACAAUAGCCCCAGAAGGACUGACUCCUGACAAAUCUCAUGGGUCAGACAAUCACCUGAACCAAUGGGAUGCCCUAUCCCCUCGGCGAUAUCAGACAGCCCCAUCCCCAACGCAAAAAGACAGUACAGGCAAUGAAAUUGACAAUGAGGCUGAAGCUAAAACAGGAGGUAGAGAAACUAGUGGUGGGGUGGGAGCUGAUGCUGCAAAAGAGUCAGCCACUGGAACUGGAGAGGGAUCUAAGAUGGAUAGUAAUGAGGAUGUCAGCGGCACAGAAGAUGAAGGGGAUGCUGGAUCUGCUGCAGGGAAACGGAAACACGACAAGAGCUGGCUGCUGGUGGCACUGCUGGUUCCUCUAUGUGUGUUCCUUGUAGUGAUGCUGGCUCUAGGGAUCGUCUACUGCACCAGCUGUGCUGUUGACAAGAGCUUGAGCUUCUCACACUGCUAUCGCUGGAUACUCCCUACAACGCCUCCUGACAGGAGGGACGGCAAGACCCAAGCAUGAACCCUAAAAUAAACAAACACAGGUGCAAACAUACGCACGAUCGCAGCACACACACACACACACACACACACACCGAUACACACACACAAACAUCCAAAUGUCUGAUAACAUUUCUCUUGUGGUGCUGGACUGGUCACUAAAACUACCAUUUGGAUACAGCUGACUGGCUCAACCACUCAUCAAGGAAAACGUAAUACUUUCUGUUGCACACCCUUUGUAAAUAAUUCAC